CAAUUUCAAGAGCAGAUCUAUUUUUUAUUCUAUAAGAUUGAGGAGUAUCUUAUCCAGGUUAAUACUUAUCUUAAAGAAUCUAAGAAGAAUUACUUAAGCCUAUGGGGGAUUAGUGGGGAUGACAGAGAUAAUAAGAAAGUUAAUAUGAUUUGA